AUGAGGGAGUUUCCCAAAUCUCACUCUGAGGAGAGCUUUGGAGCGUGGUGUGUUAAUUUAUUCACUUUGGGCUAGGUGAAUAUUUAUUACAAACUUUAACAUUACGUUGUGGAAUUUGGGGGUAAUUAAGCCAAGAAGAAAGUGAGGACGCAAAAACGGUGUUGCCUUUAGGAAAGAAGUCUCAGCGUUACAAGAAGCAAACCAUCAGCAUCGGGUUUGGUUAUAAAGAGCUGAGGGAAUUAUAUCGAACACCUCUGGACAACUACAUUGCAAAAUGAUGCGCAUUGUUGUGAACUUGUGCCUCACUUUCUGUUUCCUUGUGGAAGAAUCGUCCGGAGGGCUGAACUUCACACGGCUGCCAGGUAAUCGAUAGGUAACUUGCAACAACUUUUCGUUGUAGGCUUAGACUAAUUUAACGGACCCAUACGCCGUGCAUGGAAUUAUUUACACUAGACUGACAGUAAAAUGGGAACGCUAAUGGAAGCUCUCAUUUGGAAACGAAUUAUUUAUGGAUACUUUCAGUACUGAAGUCCCGAGUUAAUUACAAACUGACUUGUUUUAUGUAGUGACAAAUUGCUGUCUGUGUGUAACACACUAGUUCAUGCAUUAAAGUCGAAGUUAAUUGUCGCAGGUGAAAGAGAUAGUCUUCUCUAGUUGUUAAAAAGGCAACGGUAAAGCAAGCAUAUUUUACGUUGAUGGUCUUGACAGUUAUUCAACAGAUAAACUUGAGGUCGACGAUGCGCUCACUUUACCCCCUCUCUCCAUUAAUGCUAAGGGUAUUUAAAGCUAGUUAAAGUAACAAAAAAAGGGAUGAUAUCGGGACCUCGUGCACCGAAGGCAGCUGACCCUAAGCAACUGCGCCAUAUCCUUGAGCCGGAGCUAAUAAAGCUUGCACUCCCCUGGGUUGUCAACGAUAACUAGGCCUGCAGGAGUAGGAAAACUUGUUCUUCAGGUUAGGUGGUCUUAGAUUCAUUUAGCAGAAAGAGAUUUUCCUUUGUGAGGUGUAUAAUCUACAGCGAUCGACAGUGCUCUUUAACGGUCAUACCCAGACAGGCAGCAUGAGAUCUGCGAACUCAUGCCUGUUUUCUAAUCCCUUCGGAAUAUUGGCAGAGAAAAGAUAGAAUUGUUGUUUCAAGUAAAGAUUCGAGCUUUAAAGGCACGUUUUGUUUCUUUCAAGGGGUUCUAAAAGUACCAAAAGCGUUCUUUCUGUCUUAAACAUUUUGAUACGUUCCUGUCACGCUUGUUGUCACGCGUUCGUCACGGACAUCACACCAAUAACAAUAGAAUAGGCCAUUUUCUAGUUUCCCCGGGCCUCUGUUUCGAAACGAGGGUAGGUGCUCAGCCCUUGAUAUGGAAAUCAUUUUUCAUUCUCAUGCAAGUAAAACUCAUUUUCACAAGAAAGUUCGUGCACCUAGCCUCAUUUUGAAAGUGAGGGUUUUUGGAACUCGGAAUUUGGUGAACGAAAGUGAAAGGUUAAGACCCAGGUAAAUCCCUUGAUGCUCGCAAAGUUUUCGGCGGCGCCUUCUUCUUUAGGUACAAUGGCUGGAGUUUUCGAGUUUUGGUAAUUUUAGCUGACUUAGAGUUCGUAUGGAAGAUCAAUAUGAUUGUUUCCACGAACUGUUUUUUGGCGCCAGUGUAGUCUUCAUCUCUUAACUUCAUAAUUCAAGUUUUAUGCUUCAGUCACAGCAGGACCCAGUUUAGUGUCUAAAGGUGCUGUGCAGAUUGAAAGUAUUGUACAGGGGCACCCAACGACUGUUUUCUGUAAAAUAUCUGUUCAGAGAAGCAAAUAUUGCCUUGAAUUUUCUUUUACUUGAGGACGGCUAAAAACUUCAAGAUGACCGUUCUAUUCAUGUACAAUUUUCCGGGCUCAUCUAAUAAAUCCGCUAUGAUUUUCUGAAUUUUUUUCAUUCCCAGGUUAGGCGAUUUUUCGUUGAAAAAAGGAAACAAAAUUUUCGGAUCAAAAAAUGUGAUGGAGAGACGAGGAAUCAGAAAAAUUCUCACUUUCGUGAUACGUUAAAUGUAUUUAAAACUUUCGGGAAAAUAAUACUGAAGCCCUGGUAAUUUUGAAAAGCUCAAGUUCCCCUAGGAUGCCGACCGAACAGAUACAAAUUUCAUAACGCCGCCAGGAGCCUAAAGAGCCUAAAGAGUGUUUUCGAUGUGUGCAGGAGGAAACCAUCUUUCGGUGCCUUGACUGCAAUUGUAGCACGAUCGAUGGGUCAAAAUUUGUAUUCAGCCACAAAAGGACAGUAAUAUAUUUACGAAGAUAUUACCGGUAAUUUACUAAAGCGCAGUGUUGUUACAUCAUCGUGAUAUGCCACUGCAUGGUUCUAAUGCUUCAAGAUAAAUGUGAUAAUCAUCAUCGUCAUCAUCAUCAUCAUCAUCAUCGCCAUAACCACAACCACACAACGAUAAAAAUCUGUAUCAAAUUUCCGAUUAGUGGGACUCAGAAACAAUUCUCUUUGUCGCCACACAUGCCUCUGGAUAUCUUACAUAAGAGGGUCCCGCACACUCAGUUUGUACCUCAUAAUGGAAUAAUCCUGUUAAUGCUAUUAAACCCAGAGGGGAGGAAAGUUCCUAUUCAGUGCCUGUAAAUUGAUUAAAAAAACAAAAACUUGCUGAUAACUUUAAACGGUGCUUAGUAAAGUUAUCACAGUCUCCUCUCGGUCUAACUUGAGUUCGCGGGUAAAUUGCUUAUUUCCCUAUUGCAAAAACAAGCUUAUAUCAUGUUCUUUUUUGUGCCAGGCAUCUUUUUUUACUGAAUUUAUGCAUUCUGGCUCUGACAGGUGACCCAAUUCUGGCCUCAUGUCCGGCGCUAUCGCCACCUUCCUUCAAGCAACCUUCUUGCAAGCUACCAUGCAGAAAGGGUCAAUUUGGAUGCGCAGAUGCUCCACCGUGUAUCUCUAUGGGGAAGCGUUGUGAUGGUCACACCGACUGUAUCAAUGGGGACGAUGAACCUUUCUCUUGCAGUGAGUAUAUGAUAGAAUGUUACACGAAAACUAUUCCAAUCUCUUAGCAACAAUGGCUAAAGAGCAAAAUUUUUUGAUGUGAGAAAUACAGUCGACUCCCGAUAAUUCGAAUCUUCAAGGGAAAUAGAAAAAAGUUCGAAUUAUCGGUAAAAUUAUAUGGAGAAUGAUCUGAAGGGAAAUGAAAAUUACUUCGAGUUAACGGGAGGUUCGAACUAUAGAGGGUUCGAGUUACCGGGAGUCGACUGUAUAAAUAUUCCCAGGGAGCAGAGGAAUUAAGUUCAUACUUAGUAAAUUAACCUCUUCCGACGGCUGGUAUAUUGAUGAUUAUCGAAAAUAGAGCGCUAUGAUUAGCUAGGAGCUUCGCUUCAUCCCGCUGUAAUCACCGCUUCAUCCCGAUCUUCGCCUCAUCCAGCUAUAAAUUGAUCAAUGUAAUUAUAUUGAAACAAUUAGUCACCUCAGGCGACUAAUUGUUAAAUAAUCCCCGCGGCUGAGAGAUUGUCCGAAAAAUAAACAUUUCGCUUCGAGGGCAAAUGUAACGAUAUACCAGCAAGCCAGAAAGGGGUUUAUAUUUAUUUUAUAAUCCUCUGAUUAGUUUUUUCAUCUAUAACAUGUUGGGGGAGAAAGAAAAACAAAAAACAAGAUGUGAGCGCGCGUGCGAAUGACGCAAACAAGCAUAUAGAUUGGUUGUUUUUUUUUAUUGAAACUGUGAUUGGACCAGCGGUGCUUUCCAUUAUACCGGAUCGACCGAUCCGAGACCACUCAGAUUAACCAAUGGGAAAAUGGAACGCGUCCGAACCAAAAGUCCGACCGAAUUGAUUGUUGGGUAAUGUGUAACUUCCAAAAUUCGUCUUUGACCUUCAUGUAGCUUGCAAUAAGUAAAGAGACGUGUUUGUCCUCCCAUCUUUUCAGGGCUUUGGUCGAACUAGUCGAGGUUGUUGGAAUGAGCUGUGGAUUAUUUUGCACAGACUGUCAAAAGCCGUAAGGGCUAGGGUCACAUGCUGUUAAGACUUGAGAAAAACGCGGGAAAACAUCGUCAAAAUGCGGAGAAGCCAGUGAUAUAUUUGUCUUUAAAAACUGACGAAAACCAGAAUAAAAAACAAAUUAAGAUGCACUGCUGUACCUGAGCCUUGUGUGCAACUGUGCAAAAGGAGAAAGUUUACGUCUUGCGUCUGAAGCUUACACACACUGCACUCGUAAACACUUAUAUCUGAACUAUCUGCCAUUUUGACUGUGGUAACGAGCUGGAGCGGGACUGGAAACUCGAGGAAACGCAAAAAUCUGAAAACGCAACAACAAUUUUCGAUCGGACUGGACCGACCGGUCAAAGACGACCACCUCUGGAGGUGGACCACUUUGACAGGACAAAUUUCCACCUGGUCCGAACUGUUCCAUUUCCGUUUGAACCGAAAUUUCCAGGAAAUUUUGGCACGGGAAAGCACCCCAGGGCUUUACAGGCUGUUAUGUCAAAUAAACUGUCGCAACGCCCCGAAGAUCAAAACAAGAAAGCAACGCGUUUUUAUUUAUAUUUUAUCGACAGCGCUCUUUGAAAACUACUAAAAAAACCGUUUCUUAUGGAUAAGCAAAGAGAAUCCAACCAUAUCACUAGCUAACUGCCGCUGCAAAGGCUAGAAAAGUAAUUACAACUAUGAAACACAGAAACUGAAAAAUCUGGAACAGUUGAAGGAUUUAAGUUUAAGUUUUACAUUAGUGGGCUGUUCACUUGGAUUUGUUGCUGUGAAUGGUAGAAGCUGAGCUAGUCAUAGAAAGAAAAGGUGGAAGAAAUAAUGAGCCCCACCUAUAAGAACGGGUUGAACUGACCGGAUUUACUUGAGUUAAACUUAUAAUUCGCCAGAUAAUCGAAGAUGGCUCGCACUUUAGUUAAUUGUGCUCUGUACGACUCGAUCAAUAUAUCGCUUUCUUGGCCCGCUACACUUUUUCUCUCUCUUCUCCAUGCUUAUUUCUUUAACACUUCGAAGUAUUAUUAUCCAUAGCCGACAGCUAUGACUGCGUAAAAAACUGUAUUCAAGUUUCUGU